GCCCGGCUGUCAAUCACCGCUGUUUACAUCAAACGUCGCGAGGUGGAAUUUCCCAGGUUACGGCAUAGACUCAGUAGACUACUUCCGCAGUAGAUGUCUGUCUAGCCACAGAGACGAGAGGCCACAGCAAUCUGAAAGUUCAGAGGACCAUGUUUAGGAAGUGAACGACGGCGAUGGAAGGGAAAGGUCCGUAUCGCAUCUACGAUCCCGGCGGGAGCGAGGUCAAGGCCAGGGAUGAGGCGGUGGGGGGCAGCAGCUAUCGCCAGCUGCUGGAGGAAAACAGCAUGCUGAGGGAACGGAUGAAGGGACUUAAGAGCUUAGGCGAUCUGUUGGAGGAAUCCCAGUCGGAGGCCUCGAGGCUUCGGCAGCGAGUGGAGGAGCUGGUGAGGGACAACGAAGCUUUAAAGUCGGCCAGCUUCGCCGCCAGCCUCUGUGCGGGAGCGGCCGCUCACACCGAGACUCAAAGCAAACCCUGUUUACACCCCACUGCAGAGAAGGAGGAGCAAUCAAGCUGUUUGGGGAGAACGCUUCAGCCGGAGAAGCCCCAUGAGGCCUUAUUGGAAUCCGAGAGAGUGAACAUGGAGAGGAGGAGCUCGGAUGUCUUGGCUGUACGUAGCGAAUUGCGAAGUGCCCCAGGAGCCGGGUUGGUGGCAGGGGCGAUUCCCCCGCUUCCUCAGGAGAACAACGAGCUGGCGAGCCAGCUGAAGAGGCUGGAGAGCUCUUUCAGCAUUUUCGCGGAGGAGUCCAACCCAAACCAGCUCCUGGCUCACCUCGGCCGCAUGGCGGUGGAGUUUCACCACCUCUCCUCAAAGGUCCAGAAGAACGAGCAGAGGACCUCCCUCUUACAGACGCUGUGCGAGCAGCUCAGGCAGGAAAACAAUGAGCUUCGCAAGAAAAUGGAAGAAGAUCAUCAUAUCAGGAAUCGAGACCUGGAGCAGCUGAGACUGGAGAAUCAGAAACUGAAGGAGUUGGUGACGGGAGGAGCAACGGCGGUGUCGACAGCUUCGCCGUCAGAAACGGAGAGUCCCGAGGCCAAAGAGGAGCCGGUCAAGGAGGAAUCUCCUGCUGUUCGGUCUAAAAUGGAGGCCACCACGCCGCAGAAGAGUGGAAAAUCAGCAGAGAGAACCCCGGCUAAAACAUGUGACAUCGAGGUGUAUGAAAAGAAGAUCAAGCUUUUGGAGAAGCAGAGAAAGGAUGUUCUGGAGGUGAACAAGCAGUGGGACAUUCAGUGGAACGCCAUGAAGUCACAGUUCGAGCAGAAGAUUACAGACCUCAGGCAGCGGCUGGCCGAGUCCCAGAAGACGGUGCUGGAGCUGGAGGCCGAGCGCGAGCAGAGGCAGCGCGACUACGACAAGAAGCUGCUGCUGGCCAAGUCCAAGAUCGAAAACGUACAGGGAGAGAAGGAGUGUUUGAACUCGGAAACAGCCGAGCUGAAGCAGAAGGUCCGCUACCUGCAGGAUCAGCUGCUGCCCCUCAGCAAGCAGAGGGAAUACCAGGAGAAGGAGAUCCAACGCCUAAACAGGGCGUUGGAGGAAGCCUUGAACUUGCAUUCUCCCUCGUCAUCUCAGCAACCUCCCGGGCAGGGGAACUUUGCAGACGCCGCCAAUAACCUGAAGAAGCAGGAGCUGCUCACCCAAAUCGCUGUGCUGAAAGAACAGGUGAAAAUCUUCGAGGAGGACUUCAGGAAAGAAAGGAGUGACCGGGAGCGAAUGAAUGAAGAGAAAGAAGAUCUGAGACGGCAAGUGGAGCGGCUCCAGGGUCAGAUCACUAAUUUGACCAAUCAACUUCAUCAGGCGCAGAACGAGUGUCAGAGAGAGCGCACCGAGAGGUGUAAGCUGGAGAGACUGCAGAUGCAGCAUCACAAACAGGGGCAGCAGCAGGAAAGACGUACCUCAGACCCCACGUCAGGCUCAGUGAACGGCCCGCUGAGCCCUCCCUACUGUGGUCCCUUUGUGCAGGUGGGAACGCAGGGCCUCGAGGGCUGGCCCGUUCAUUUCCCUCCCCGGAUGCCCAACGCAGCGGGCGCCGCAGCAGCAGCCGCCGCCGCCGCAGCAGCAGCACCGCCCCCAGCUCGAGACUUCCAACCUGUUACCCCGGGCUUUCCUUGGCAGAUGUCAUUCCCUCAACCACGAGGGGCCAGAGCAGUAGGAGAGAGUUCAAGACCUCCACCAGAGAACGCAGAUCAGUCGGCAGCAGCAACAGCAACAGGGUUUGGCAAAAGGGAGAGACAGAACAUAGACCCCGGAAAGCACUAAAGCAUCACCGUACCCAUCUGAUGGAGUCUGGGUAGUAGCAUGAAACUGUCUUUGAGUUGACGAGGUGUGAUUGAGAUAUAAUUUUCCUACUGAACUGUAGAUAUCCUAUUGUAAUGUUGUUUAUACUUGCGUUUUAUAAGGCUAUUUGUGAAACACUUCGCUAUUCUGAAUAUAUAUAAAUAUAUAUACAUAUUAUUUAGAUUUUUUUUUUUCUAUCAGGAACUGAAGUCCUUUUUGUUUAAAUGAGUUUGGAUAAUUACCAUUGCUUUUUUUUUUUUUUUUUUUUUUUUGUGUGGUUAUUUUGUUUUUUCCUUCCACAAAAUAUACCUAUGUAAUUGUCUCUCUGCAAGUAUGUAACACCUUUUUAACACUUUUACUUGUAGGGUUACUGGAAGCCAUUCCCCAAAAACAAAUAAGACAACACAUGCUCAUUCCAGCGCCGAACGAUUAUAUAGGUACAAUAAAUCAUAGAGGUAAACAACGUGAAUGUUAAUUGAUUUUUCUGAGGAUUUCUACAGUGCCAACGAUGUUCUAGAAAUGUCUAAUAUGUGUAACUGUUCAAAAGUGGUUGUUGAAAUACGAAAAUUUGGGGGAGUGAAUUUUGAUGGUAUCAUACCAAAAAACAGAACAAAAAAAAAAAAAUUACAUGAUUGUGAUUACUAAUAAUUUAUUUAUAACCUGCUGUUUUGAUAGUUGCAUUGACUAAGUGUAAAAUCAUUGUCUUUAGUAAUGCUGUUCUUUCUAUGUUGUUAGUGUGUUUCCAAUAUAUUGUAGCUAUUGACAUUGUAUGUUUGUAUCAGACACAAUACACAUUACUUAACACAACUUUCUAUUUUUGUUUUCCCCCAUGAUGAUGGACCUAAUGUCAUUAAACAACACUUCUACUUGGG